GCUCAGUAUGAAACAGGUAGAGAAGAGUUUCACUCUGGGCUUGAUGAUUCUCUGUAUGAUUCUCUGUUUCCUGAUUUACAUCGGCUCAUCUUUGAAAUCACGAGUUGUAAAUUGGUCGUCUUUGACGGAAGGCGCAGCACGGCAAACAUCACAGAGGUUUCGUUGCAGUUUUUGAAAACUUCUACUGCUAGGGCCAUGGUGGACGCAACGGUGAAGAGUGACAUCCUUCUCUCGGUUUACAUCAUUUCCUUCCUGAUUGGCCUGCCAGCCAACCUCCUGGCUCUCUAUGCCUUCAGUGUCAAGAUCCGGUCCAAGCCCCACCCGAUGGACAUCCUGCUCCUCAACCUGACCAUCUCUGACCUGCUCUUCCUGAUGAUCCUCCCUCUCAAGAUGCAUGAGGCGGCGUCAGGCAUGGCAUGGAACCUGCCCGACUUUCUGUGCUCCAUCACCUCCUUCACCUUCUUCUCCACGAUCUACACCAGCUCCCUGUUGCUGAUGGCGGUCAGUGUGGUUCGCUACAUCAGCGUCGCUUUCCCCAUCACCUAUCAUAAGCUGCACAAGCCUGUGUACGCGGUGGUGGUCAGUGCUGUUGUUUGGCUGAUCUCCGCAGGACACUGCAGUAUCACUUUCAUCACCCAGCACCACCCGUCGCUAGCCAGCAAAAACCCGGACGCCAACGUUUGCUACGAGAACUUCACGGAGAGGCAGCUGGAGAUCCUCCUCCCAGUGCGCUUUGAGAUUUUCUUCAUGCUCUGCUUGGUACCUCUUCUAAUCUCUAUUUACUGCUACUUGCGCUGCAUCUUGAUCCUGUACAGCCGCCCCAGGAUAUCCCAGAUGCAGAAGCAGAAGGCCAUCGGGAUGGCGCUGGGGACCCUAGCUGUGUUCUUCAUUUGUGUGGUGCCGUACAAUCUCUCUCAUCUAGUGGGUUACUUUCAGGGUGCCAGCCCAAAAUGGCGGUACUACACCUUGCUGUUUAGCACCUUCAACACCUGUAUUGAUCCGAUCAUCUUCUACUUUUCCUCCUCUGCCUUCCGCUGCGGGAGUGAAAAGUCAAUUUUCAGGAAGUUUAGACCCAAGGUAGCAGGAUCACAAAGGCCGGGCACAAGCACUGGCCAAGAUUAAAACACACUUUUAAUAUGUACAUAUCCAGCGUCAAUUUUAUUAUUGUACUGUUUAUUAUGAAAAUCAUAU